UUUUGAGAGUGCCCUCGCAGCCACCUUGCGUAGUUUAGACAGCCUGAUCUGUCGGAACUAUAAAGUCGUAAUUAAAACACCCCGUCGGUCAUAAUGUCGAAACGCGUGGCCGUGGUUCUCGCAGGUUGUGGGGUUUUUGACGGGAGUGAAAUCCACGAAGCCUCCGCCGUUCUGGUUCAUCUCAGCAGAGGAGCCGCCACGGUGAAGAUUUUCGCCCCGGAUGUGGAGCAGAUGCAUGUCAUGGAUCACAUGCAGGGCAUCCAGACUGAUGAGAAGCGGAAUGUGCUGGUGGAGAGCGCCCGGCUGGCACGCGGGAACAUCCAGAAACUGUCCCAACUGAAUGUGCACGACUUUGACGCCGUCAUCUUCCCAGGAGGCUUUGGGGUAGCCAAGAACCUUUGCACCUGGGCGGUUGAAAGUAAGGACUGUUCCGUCAACUCGGAGGUGAAGGCCACGCUCCAGGCCUUCCACAGCCAAAGCAAACCCAUCGGCCUGUGCUGUAUCUCACCAGUUCUGGCGGCCAAAGUGUUCCCGGGAUGUGAGGUCACUGUGGGCAUUGAGAAGGAUAAAAAGUACCCGAACACAACUGACACAGCAGAAGCCAUCGCACAGCUCGGUUGCAAGCACGUGAGUAAGAGUGUCGGUGAAAGCCACGUGGAUGUAAAGAACAAGCUGGUCACCACCUGCGCCUUCAUGUGCGAUGCCCCUCUGCAUGACAUCUUCGACGGAAUUGGAACGAUGGUGCAGAAUGUGCUAAAGCUUGCCUGAGUUUCUGCAGACUGCACGAACGACGGAAGCAGAGAAAAACUUGGCACUUUUUAUGAUGUUUUUUUCUGCUCCGCGUAACGCACUCCACUGCAAAUGGUUAAUGAACUGACGUAGACGGUGGCAGCAAACCCACUAAAUUUGCACCGUUUCAGGAAAUAUUUGCGUCUGCCACCUCUUUUGCACUUUGUUCUACCGCAACGAUUGAAGUCAAAUGAUAUUUUGCAUGUGAUGUGCAUUGCCCUGUGUACUCACACAAUAUGGUGCCUGUGUUUUUACAUUAUUAUUUAUCUUUUAUCAGCCAAGGAUCUUUCUCUGUUCAGCUCAUCUCAUGCGGAGUAUUUUCUUAGGUGGCAGAUUCACUGUAACCUUCACACCAGUUUUUUUUUUAAUAAAUAUGAAACUUUGGUUUGGAACUGUAUGAGGCAUUCAAUAAAAUAUGCUAUA